AUGAGAAGGCCAGUGCUCAUAACGUCACGUCAAAGCAUCUUCACCCACAGAUUUCUUCCUUCGACCCAAAAGCUUCUCUUCUCAGCCACCUCCAAUGGCGAAAACGUCAAAAACCACCGCCGCGCCGCCACGCUACCCGACCCCGCGAACAUUACGUCACUCGACGGGGCAAAAUCUUUUCACGCUCUCGUCACCAAAAUGGGUUCAUUCCCAAAUCAAGAACCCGUUUUCAUUCACAACAAUAUCGUCUCCAAAUACGCAUCCCUCGGCGAGAUCGAUAUGGCCCGCAAGAUGUUCGACGGAAUGCCGCAAACAAACACCGUCUCCUAUAAUACCAUGAUAGGCUGCUACGGUCGGGCCGGGUUCGUGCACGAGAGUCUCGAACUGUUCUCCGCCAUGCGGAAAUGCGAUUUUGAGCCCACGCAGUUCACUUUCGGUGGUCUUUUAUCGUGCCAUGAGCUGGGGGUAUUCGAAGGAAAACAGCUGCACGGGUUGAUGGAAAAAACAGGGGUACUUUAUGUUGACGCAUUUGCUGGGACUGCACUGUUGGGAAUGUACGGUAGGCAUAGUUGUUUGGACGAAUGUGUUAGGAUAUUCGAGUCCAUGCCCGUAAAGAACUCGGUGACCUGGAACAUCAUGAUAUCUGUAUUUGGUCAGAUGGGUUAUGUGAAAGAUUGCAUUUUUAUGUUAUCCGAGCUGAUGACGGAACCGAGUAGGGUAUCUGAACUCACUUUUGUGAGUGUUUUAUCGAGUCUUGAUGAAGUUAGCUUGCAAUUGGGCGAGCAAACGCACGGCUUGGUGAUCAAAUAUGAGUUUGAUAAUGUAGCCUCGGUGUGCAAUUGUCUGAUUAAUAUGUAUGCAAAGUGUGGGGCCACGUGCUCGGCGGAGAAAAUGUUUAGGCAUGCUCGUGUUAAGGAUAUCGUGACAUGGAACACUCUGAUUGGUGCAGUGGCAAAUGGUGAUACGCCGGUCAGAGCACUUGAUUUUUUCUGCAAAAUGUGUUUGAGUGGAUUAUUGCCUAACGGGGCAACAUUUGCGAAUUUGCUGAGUUCUUGCUUGAGGCUGAACAAUUUUUCAUACGGGAAAUGCAUCCAUGCGAAGGUGAUAAAGCAUGGCUUCGAGUCUGACGUGUAUAACGGGACUGCUUUGGUUACUUUCUAUGCAAAAUGCAAUCAAAUUCGAGAGGCACACGCUUGUUUCGAAGCCAUCAAGUGUAAAAACUCAGUCUCUUGGAAUUCUUUGAUGCUGGGGUAUUCAAAGUCGGGCUCUUCUUCUGUCGGGCUUCUUCACGAGAUGAUCUGCUCGGGUUUUUACCCAGACGCACUGUCGUUUUCCAUCGUUAUCAAGUCAUCGUCAACACGAGAGUUGCCGCAGCUUCAUUCGCUGGCGACAAAAAUGGGAUACCACGAGAACCCAUACGUGUCGAGUUGCCUCAUAAGCUCUUACGCCAAAAACAACAUGGUCUUGGAUGCUUUGGUCUUUGUCGGUCCCGAUACGCCCGGGCUUAGUGUCGUUUGUUCGAAUAUUUUAGCGUGGAUUUAUAACCGAACAGGACAGUAUGACAGAACUCAGGAACUUUACGCCUCGAUGGAGAAUCCAGACUCCAUGUCUUGGAACAUCUUGAUCGCGGCUUGUUCUCGAAACGGAGAUUAUAAGGAGACUUUCGAACUCUUCGAUCACAUGCGUAGAUCGAGAAUCUAUCCGGACAAUUACACAUUCGCGAGUCUCUUCAGUGUCUGCACUAGCUUGUGUAACCUUGCUCUCGGCAAAUCCCUUCACGCUCUUCUUGUGAAGACUGAUUUUAAAACCUGUGACGUUUUAGUCUGCAACAUCAUGAUCGACAUGUACGGGAAAUGCGGCUGCGUAAAGAGCUCGAUUAUGAUAUUCGAUGAGAUGGGAGAAAAGAAUGUCAUUUCGUGGACGGCUCUGGUUUCGAGCCUUGGGCUACAUGGCUAUGCGAACGAGGCAUUAGGAAGAUUUAAGGAGAUGGUUGAGAUUGGGAUUAAACCGGAUAGAGUUGCUUUUCUGGCCAUUCUUUCUGCGUGUAGACAUGUUGGGUUGGCGGAUGAAGGAAUGGAGUUAUUCGGGGAGAUGAAGGUUAAGUAUGAUGUUGAACCGGAUAUAGAUCAUUAUCUUGUAGCCAUCGAUUUAUUGACGAGACACGGGCGUAUUAAAGAAGCCGAGCGGCUAAUCUUGGGAAUGCCGAUGGCUCCAAAUGCACAGAUAUGGCGGAGUUUCCUUGAUGGCUGUAAGAGACAGACGAGAAGUCUUGCGAUGGCGCAUGAAUCCUAG